UUGGUAUAUUGUUAGACGGUAUUCACGGUCACACGGUGAAGGAGAGUGUCUGUUUUUGAAACUGUUUCGUUUAAAAAUAGUAAAUGCAACGAACUUUUGCGCGCUGUACAGCUCCACUCUUUAUGACUAAGCAAGCCAGCUGAACAAUGAGUCUGCAGAACACAACAUGGGUUACGGAAAACACCCCCACGGAUGCCACGAAUCGUGGUGACCUGGAAAAGAUUUUGGCCAUGGUUGUCCUUGGAUUGGGAAGUUUUGGUUCGGGCAUAUUGCCCGCCUUUAUUUCGGAACGGAAUCGUUUGCGAUUUCCAUUAUUUACUUCGCUUCUGCUGUGUUUCGGUGCCGGCAUUCUGCUCGCCACCGCAUUGGUGCAUAUUCUUCCAGAGGUGCGCGAGCAAAUGAACUCCAAUUUUGCUGAAGUGGCGAUGUGCGGAGGAUUCUUCAUUAUAUAUUUUAUAGAUGAGUUCAUACACUAUUUUUUCGGCGAGGCAAUCCAUCACGACCAUUCGCAUUCAAACCCGGAACCGGAUGCUCCCAGGAAUCGAAACGGCUACGGAGCAGUGGGCGAGCGGGCGCCCUUGUUAUCAUCGGAGCAAGAUCUUACAGCUCACCACCAUGACCACCAUCACGACCAUGAUCACCCGCACUCCUCAUCCGGUUGCGAUGACGCCGCCGUUGAGGACGCCAAUGCCCGCAUCUGCCACACGAGCCACACCGAACCGUGUGUCCAGUCGAUGACGGGCACCCUGGGACUCUUUGUCGCCCUCUCCCUGCACUCGGCCAUCGAAGGGUUGGCGAUCGGCGUUCAAAAUUCGUCCACAAAGGUUCUAUUUCUACUAGGGGCCGUCGCAUGCCACAAGUUCGUUAUGGGCUUUUGUCUGGGUCUCGAAUUUCGCUCCAAUCCCCAGACGAGUUUUCGCGCCCAACUAGCUGGCAUUUCGGUGUUUGCCGCCGGAGCGGUAUGCGGAAUUGCACUGGGUAUGCUUAUCGUGGAUGUGCCAUCUGGUUGGUCCACUAAAACCCUACCCAUAAUCCAAGCGCUGGCUGGGGGAACGCUCUUCUACGUCACUGUCUGCGAAGUGAUACCGCGGGAAAAGGCGCGCUGGCACACGACCCCAUCGAGACGCUGGGCCGGAUUUGCGCAGUUCGCAACUGUGCUGGCCGGCUUCGCCACCAUGUGCAUCAUAAACUUUUAUCUUUCUGAUGAAUAAUUGGAGUUUUUUUUUGGGAACUUCUGUGAUGUGACCUACGUGUGCCUUUUUUUUACACUUUUAUGUUCCAUCCUGUUUAGUUUAUUAUUAUGUUUUGGCGGCAGCUGUGUUAUGUUUCAUAAUAAUGUUCAAUGAAUCUUGUUUUAAUCUAAAUAUUCACCACCCUGGACAGGUCCUGGUUAUGUAAGAUAAUAAGAAAAACCUAUAUUCAAAAAACAAACAUCCUCUUUCUUUUCUACAUUUAUAUUUUUCUUUCUCCAAAGUAUUUUUAAUUUUUUUGUUAUUUAAUAAGUCUUAUAUCCUAAGUUGGUAAUCAAAAAAUUGGGAUCCUUUUUUGUAUGCGCUUUUGAUUCCACUAUCAAACCAAUCAUUAAAAAUCAAUCAUUGACUUAAUUGUCGCAAUUAAAACAACAUCUAUGUAACUACAUAUAUCUAUAUGUAUGCAUGUAAAUAGGCAUUGAAGUGUAUGCUAUAUAUAUAUAUGUAUUUAUAUAUUUAUAUAUAAGAAGUUUAUCUAAAAUUGAAAUGU